CGAGGUCGAGGGGAAGAAGAAGAAGGAAGAGGAAGAGGAGGAGGAGGAGGAGAGGAGGGGGUGGUGGUGGUCUGGUGGAAGGUGCCCUGGUGCUCGCGCUGCCUGCUGCUUGCCUCGCCUGCGUGCCUGCCUACGGUAGUCGAGCCGAAGAAGAGGGAGCAAGGGGAAGGAAGGAGGGAAGGAGGGAGGGGAGCCCAGAGUGUCUACAGAGGAGGAGGAGCAGCAGCGUCAGGGGUUUUGCCUUUCCUUCCCUCGUCGAGAGCCUGCCUCUGUCGCUCGCCUGGGGAUGCCAUAACGGUGGCCUUAAAUCCCUCCCGUACGCCUGUGUGGAGUCCUUUUCUUCUUCGGUCCGACUGCUUUGUGCUUCCUUCGGAACGAUCCCGUUUCCCUUGCACCUUUGUAAGGGGAGGGAGGGAGGAAGGGAGUGCGAGAGCGAGAGCGAGAGAGAUAGAGAGAGAGAUAGUGCGAGAGAAGGAGCUGGUCGAGUCGGUAAGAGCCGGACGGAGGCGAUCUUGCGAUUUGGUGAAUUGACGUGGAAAAAUUGAAAAUUGUUGUGGUGGAAGAGCCUAGCAGCACUUGGAGGUGUAUUUUUUUCUCCGGAAGGAAAUGUUGUGUAGUAAGACGGUAUUUAUGCGAGGUCUCCGGUAGUUUGAAAUCCAAUCGAUUUCCUGUUUGACAUUCUGCCGAUUGGACGAGCGCGUCGGAAGGGAUUGUGACAGAGGUACCACCAUCAUUGAGACCUGUCAGAGCUAUGGAGUGGUGAAGCGGAUGGGAGGGCUGGGCACUCUAGUGGAGAGAAAAAUAUGACGACAGAGAAACUCGCGGAUCCGAAGCCCUCAGACGAGGUGAUGGGACAGGGGACCAAUACUGCAUACUGCCAGACGACGCCCCUUUACGUGGAUGGCAAUGAAUCCGCUUCAUCCGCGUUGAAGUCUCUAGCCGAGGAAGCGAAGCUGGCCACGAAGGAUGUGAAAGCACCGUCGAACAGCGUCCUGACAAUAUGCAAGUCGUUGCUCGCUGGAGGCGUUGCUGGAGGCGUGUCCCGAUCUGCUGUUGCCCCGCUGGAGCGCCUGAAAAUCCUUCUUCAGGUUCAAAAUGCAUACAAUCCAAAGUACAGCGGAAUGGUCCAGGGUUUGAGAUCGAUAUGGGCUACCGAGGGUUUAGCUGGGUUUUUCAAAGGCAACGGUACCAACUGUGCUCGAAUUAUACCUAAUUCUGCAGUGAAGUUCUACAGCUACGAACAGGCUUCAAAGUCACUCUUGUGGUUUUAUCGUCAGCAAACUGGCCAAGAGGAUGCCGAACUUUCACCACUGCUUCGACUUGGCGCUGGAGCUUGCGCCGGAAUCAUCGCAAUGUCAGCAACGUAUCCCAUGGACAUGGUUCGUGGAAGGUUGACUGUCCAGACAGCGGACUCCCCCUAUCGUUACAAAGGGAUGGUACAUGCUUUCAAGACGAUUAUCAAAGAAGAGGGGCCAAGAGCAGUGUACAAAGGAUGGUUGCCAUCUGUAAUAGGAGUGGUUCCGUAUGUUGGACUCAACUUUGCUGUUUACGAGACAUUAAAGGAUUGGAUUGUUAAAGAUCCCCAAUUCGAAACAGCACAGGAGUCAGAGCUGGGAGUAGUUACAAAGCUCUUAUGUGGAGCUGCAGCCGGAACCGUUGGUCAGACUGUAGCAUAUCCUUUGGAUGUCGUGCGCCGAAGGAUGCAGAUGGUCGGAUGGAAGGAUGCUUCUCCGGUCAUCACAGCUGAUGGGAAAGUGAAAGCUCCUGCACAAUAUACUGGAAUGAUUGAUGCAUUUAGACAAACGGUCAGGAAUGAAGGGUUUUUGGCUCUCUACAAGGGUCUUCUACCUAAUUCCGUGAAGGUUGUUCCAUCCAUAGCCCUUGCGUUUGUGACAUACGAGGUGAUGAGGGAUCUUCUUGGAGUGGAAAUACGGAUAUCAGAUUAAGAUUUUGGUCGUCGCUUCCUGUGGAAGAUAUAUGAGACAUCUUACAGGACAUGAACAUCUUUCAGUAGCUGCCCCUGUUGCUGCCCCUGCGCGGGUCUUUUAGGCCCUCAAGUUUGAAUCUAAAACUGGAAUCGCUCAUGAUCGUGGUACCUGGAUACCUUCUGGGUUCUACUCCUGAUUUUUUGGCUAGGUAGAUUAGCAAUCCUUCCAGGUGCCUCCACCGAAUGUGGCAAACCCUACACGCUACGAAGUCUAUACCAGAAUGGUUGAGAGCUUCAUAAGAGGAGGGUGCCUUUUUUACUUUAGAUAAGAGGUUGUCACCUGUCUAGCUCAGGCAGGCAGAUGUGCCAUAUGAGUGACUUUGAAUUUUUACACGGCUGUUGAGAAGGUGCUGAAGAGCUUCAUUGUAAGAUAGCAGCAAUGAGCAAAUGAAUGGUCAAUACUACCCUUUCUUUGGGUACACUGCUUCACCCUGCUUUAAAUUGGGUUAGCAGUUUGUUUCCAAAGUUACACGUGGUGUAGAUAUGCCUUUGUCAUAUGAAAUUCUGAGCAUCUAUAUCUCGCUUGAGCAUUAUUUCU